AUGGGAGGCCAUAAGUUGGAGGCCCCUUCCACAACCGACAUGAGAAAAAAGUACCAGAAGAGCACUGAGCUUUUGAUCGGGAAGCUCCCAUUCCAGAGGCUCGUCCGUGAAAUUGCCCAGGACUUUAAGACCGAUCUGCGUUUCCAGAGCCAUGCUGUACUGGCCCUUCAGGAGGCAGCUGAGGCUUACCUCGUGGGACUGUUUGAGGACACCAACCUCUGUGCCAUCCACGCCAAGCGCGUGACCAUCAUGCCCAAGGAUAUUCAGCCUGCUCGAAGAAUCCGCGGCGAGCGUGCCUAGACUGCUGCUCCUGGAAUGGGAGGAGAUUGAAUCUGGUGGUGGUGUUAUGGGGGUGUUUCUUUUGUUCUUUCCUUAAUUCAGUUGGGACUCCUAGGACUUCAGAUAUGAUAUAGGCAGGACCUUAGUGUUUCUUUUUUAGUGGAUUCAGAAGGGCAAAGACAAUGAUGUUGCCUUUUGGGUAAAUGGGUGUGUAAUAGUGGCCGGCCUAAUUUGACAUUACAUUUGUGUAUGACCGUGCUUUUAUUGUGGUAUUUGCGUAUGCCGACUUAAUGGUCAAUGUGUAAUGUGCACUAAUCUUUUGUGUUUUUA